CUAUCCGCUGCUGAUUUCCUGCGUUCAAAACCUCAUAGCUGGCACUGACCUAGUGCGAAGUUUUACCAACAUAUUUCACAGGUUUAUCUCGCCUGUGCAGCUGGGGUAUUGGACGAAAUAAAACCCUUAUUGUUCCCGGACAUGUUGUGUAAUGUCUUCAGCGUUUCUGGUCGCGUUAUGAAGAUUUUCCUGAAGAACAAUGAAUAAUUAUGUCUUCAUCAGGGUCGUCGGGAAAGGCAGCUAUGGGGAGGUGAACUUGGUGAAAAACAAAACAGACCGAAAACAGUAUGUUAUUAAGAAGCUGAAUUUAACCACAUCGUCGAAGCGGGAGCGGCGUUCUGCAGAGCAGGAGGCACAGCUUCUGUCCGAGCUGCGACAUCCUAACAUCGUGACGUACAGGGAGUCCUGGGAAGGAGAUGACUGCCUGCUCUACAUUGCCAUGGGUUUCUGUGAAGGCGGUGACCUUUACCACCGUCUCAAACAGCAGAAGGGUGAACUGUUACCUGAGAGGCAGGUGGUGGAGUGGUUUGUCCAGAUAGCCAUGGCUCUCCAGUACUUGCAUGAGAGGAACAUUCUUCACCGGGACCUUAAAACACAAAACAUCUUCCUGACGAAGACCAACAUCAUCAAAGUUGGGGACCUUGGCAUUGCAAGAGUGUUAGAGAACCAGAAUGACAUGGCCAGCACACUCAUAGGGACCCCUUACUACAUGAGUCCAGAGCUCUUCUCUAAUAAACCCUAUAACCACAAGUCAGAUGUAUGGGCCCUGGGCUGCUGUGUGUAUGAAAUGUCCACACUGAAACAUGCCUUCAAUGCCAAGGACAUGAACUCACUGGUUUAUCGCAUUGUAGAAGGAAAGCUGCCACAGAUGCCCAGCAGGUAUGAUCCCCAGCUGGGAGACCUGAUCAAGAGCAUGCUGUGUAAGAGACCUGAAGACAGGCCUGAUGUCAAACUGAUCCUCCGGCAGCCCUACAUCAAACGACAAAUUGCCAUGUUCCUCGAGGCCACUAAAGAAAAAACUGCCAAGUCAAGAAAGAAAGCUGUAGAGGGCAUCGGUGAUUGUAGACCCAACAGUGGACCUUCUGUGGUGUCAUCUCAGCCAAAACCUGAGAAAAGUCCCCAGCAUGCACCUCCAGCCAGGGCCAAACGGAAAGAUGAGAAAUCACAACAACCCAAAGUUUGGAACGGCGUCGCAGAUCGCUCUCCGGUCCGAAAACCUCCAUCACCCAAACCCUCUUCCCCUGACGCUCUCAUUGCAUCCAUGGCAACCAUCAGCAACAUCAAUAUUGAUGUCCAACGUCAGGAGGAUGAGGACGUAAUGAAGAGACAAGUGCAGGGUCCCCCAUCCGUUGUGACUCAUCCCCGUAUAGGUAAUGAACCUGUGACUCACAGUGUGCACAGCCAGGGAAGAGGGAAACCAGAUCCCUCCCCACCUCCUUCCCCUGCUAAACCCCCUCUGAAGUCUGUAUCAGGUGUUAGCAGUCAGGGAGUAAAAGAGAGGAGGGCAGCCAAUGGAUUGUUGGAUAAUCAUCGACAGGCAACGCCAAACCCUGCCGAUACAUUUUCUGUGUGUGAGGAGAAACAUAUGUCAGGUGUGGAUAAUAAGGAGGAUACCAUGGAGUUACUUAAAGAGGCUGACAUGCAGAGCCCAAAGCUGGAAGCGGAGAGAGAGGAGGCUCUUUCUACACCCGAGAGGAGAUCUGCACACAAAACAAAUAAAGAAAACUUUGGAGUUGUUGUUGUGGAAGUUAAUAUGGACGAUAAAAGUGACACCAUCACCCUGCUCAAGGGAGCGCCGACCAAACACAAUACCCCUGACAUACAAGAAAGCUUAGAAUCUACUGAAAAGCUAUUAGAGCCGUUCCCUCCAACACUGGAGCCUGUUCGGGAAGAAUCUCCCUUACCAGCCAGUAAGCUGGGUCAGACCCCUCAGUACCCAACUCCCCUGUUCCUCUCAUCAGAACCGUCUGUGUCACAGCAGCACAGAGGCAGGGACAUUAGAUGGACACAUGGGGAUCAGGAAAAGUCCAAGGUGGCUGCUCCGAGACCUUUACCUCCACCUCCUGUUAAGAGCACAGCCGUGAAGAUAACGAAGAGGAGCAGGAGGAGCACAGAGAGCAAGAAAUCCAGUGUAGCUGCAACCUCCAGCUCAGUGAGCUCCUCUAAGGACGGAUUCCUGCCGCUGCCACAGGAUCGUCCUCUCACUGCCAGAGAGAGGAGAAGACUGAGGCAGUCCCAGGAGGUUUCCAGCCAUACAGACGUUAGUGCUGUUAGAAGGGCAUCUUAUGAUGUCACUUCUACCAAGGAGGAGCACCAAAGCACUCUGUAUACCAGAUCUGUUUCAGCCUCUUUCACUGAGAUCAACUGUAAGCAGGAUAAGUUACCGGAGCAAAGGUCAGAUGAAGACGAGUGCAGCUCAUCCACAAGUUCCACAGAACGCUUGGAGGGAGACUGCAGGGAAAGGAAGACUGAUUCAAGUGACAUGCAGGAUUUAGUCCACAUGAUGACCCAAACUUUGGGAAUGGAUAUUGGAGACGGUGUGAUCGAGGUGGACAAAGGGGGAUUUAGCUCUACCUCGUUGCCUGAAUUCAAACUGAACAGAAAGUACAGAGACACCCUGGUGCUUCAUGGGAAGGCUCGAGAGGAUGCGGAGAACUUGUCACUCGGUGAAAUACCAAUAGGCUCGUCGUCCGGUCCAGCCAAGAUCAGGAGAGCCAUAGAGCAGCUGAGAACAGAUGUGGUGAAGGGCCUGGGGGUCAAGCUGCUGGAUAGAGUCCUGGAAAUCAUGGAGGUGGAGGACGACACCAAACGAGAGCUGUGCCUUCGUGAUCAGAUGGGAGAUGAGAAGUACCAAGCUUAUGCUGUGAUGGUGAGGCAGCUGAAAUUCUUUGAGGAUAUUGCCAUCAGGGUUUAGAGGAAAUUCCUGAAUACAACAGAGAAUAAUGGGAGAAAUAUUUCAGCUUUCAACUCUGUUACUGUUGUUCCUGAAUAUGAAUUGUUGCCUGCCCAAACAACAAGCUUUUGCAUUGAUGCUUGUAGAUUUGUCAUUGAGUUUCCACAAUGCAGCUGCUCAAGUGUGAGCAAUGUUUUGUUACUAACUAUGUCAAGUUCUUUUACCUCAUUUUUAAAAACAGAAUUCUUAAUUCCUGCUGUAAUUUGCAGAAUGUCUAUGCAGAUGUUGAGUCAUGUUAAAGCACUCUUUGUUUUUCUACUUUCUGUAGUGGAUACUCGUUUAUUUAUAAUCCAUCUAGAAUUUCAAUAAUUGUUUCACUAUGCUGUUCCUUAGAACACUAGAUCUCCCUGUUCUCGCUGUAUUCUAUUUUCUUGAACACAACAUAAUGUAAUGUAGAUGUAUUGUAGAUAUUAACAUUUGAAUCUUUUUCUAAUAAAUUCAAAAAUGUGA